AUGCGUAACUUGGACACUGCCGAGCCUGACCAAGCCAGCUCCGCUCCGGCUGACCACCUUGCCGACCCUGUUGGCUUUUCGGUCGGAUCUGAUGACGCCCCGGCGGACGAUGCCUCUUCUGCCGAUGCUGAUCCUGCCGAUGCUGACGUGGGUAGCGACCCAAUGCGUAACUUGGACACUGCCGAGCCUGACCAAGCCAGCUCCGCUCCGGCUGACCACCUUGCCGACCCUGUUGGCUUUUCGGUCGGAUCUGAUGACGCCCCGGCGGACGAUGCCUCUUCUGCCGAUGCUGAUCCUGCCGAUGCUGACGUGGGUAGCGACCCAAUGCGUAACUUGGACACUGCCGAGCCUGACCAAGCCAGCUCCGCUCCGGCUGACCACCUUGCCGACCCUGUUGGCUUUUCGGUCGGAUCUGAUGACGCCCCGGCGGACGAUGCCUCUUCUGCCGAUGCUGAUCCUGCCGAUGCUGACGUGGGUAGCGACCCAAUGCGUAACUUGGACACUGCCGAGCCUGACCAAGCCAGCUCCGCUCCGGCUGACCACCUUGCCGACCCUGUUGGCUGUUCGGUCGGAUCUGAUGACGCCCCGGCGGACGAUGCCUCUUCUGCCGAUGCUGAUCCUGCCGAUGCUGACGUGGGUAGCGACCCAAUGCGUAACUUGGACACUGCCGAGCCUGACCAAGCCAGCUCCGCUCCGGCUGACCACCUUGCCGACCCUGUUGGCUUUUCGGUCGGAUCUGAUGACGCCCCGGCGGACGAUGCCUCUUCUGCCGAUGCUGAUCCUGCCGAUGCUGACGUGGGUAGCGACCCAAUGCGUAACUUGGACACUGCCGAGCCUGACCAAGCCAGCUCCGCUCCGGCUGACCACCUUGCCGACCCUGUUGGCUGUUCGGUCGGAUCUGAUGACGCCCCGGCGGACGAUGCCUCUUCUGCCGAUGCUGAUCCUGCCGAUGCUGACGUGGGUAGCGACCCAAUGCGUAACUUGGACACUGCCGAGCCUGACCAAGCCAGCUCCGCUCCGGCUGACCACCUUGCCGACCCUGUUGGCUUUUCGGUCGGAUCUGAUGACGCCCCGGCGGACGAUGCCUCUUCUGCCGAUGCUGAUCCUGCCGAUGCUGACGUGGGUAGCGACCCAAUGCGUAACUUGGACACUGCCGAGCCUGACCAAGCCAGCUCCGCUCCGGCUGACCACCUUGCCGACCCUGUUGGCUGUUCGGUCGGAUCUGAUGACGCCCCGGCGGACGAUGCCUCUUCUGCCGAUGCUGAUCCUGCCGAUGCUGACGUGGGUAGCGACCCAAUGCGUAACUUGGACACUGCCGAGCCUGACCAAGCCAGCUCCGCUCCGGCUGACCACCUUGCCGACCCUGUUGGCUUUUCGGUCGGAUCUGAUGACGCCCCGGCGGACGAUGCCUCUUCUGCCGAUGCUGAUACUGCCGAUACUGACGUGGGUAGCGACCCAAUGCGUAACUUGGACACUGCCGAGCCUGACCAAGCCAGCUCCGCUCCGGCUGACCACCUUGCCGACCCUGUUGGCUGUUCGGUCGGAUCUGAUGACGCCCCGGCGGACGAUGCCUCUUCUGCCGAUGCUGAUCCUGCCGAUGCUGACGUGGGUAGCGACCCAAUGCGUAACUUGGACACUGCCGAGCCUGACCAAGCCAGCUCCGCUCCGGCUGACCACCUUGCCGACCCUGUUGGCUUUUCGGUCGGAUCUGAUGACGCCCCGGCGGACGAUGCCUCUUCUGCCGAUGCUGAUACUGCCGAUGCUGACGUGGGUAGCGACCCAAUGCGUAACUUGGACACUGCCGAGCCUGACCAAGCCAGCUCCGCUCCGGCUGACCACCUUGCCGACCCUGUUGGCUUUUCGGUCGGAUCUGAUGACGCCCCGGCGGACGAUGCCUCUUCUGCCGAUGCUGAUCCUGCCGAUGCUGACGUGGGUAGCGACCCAAUGCGUAACUUGGACACUGCCGAGCCUGACCAAGCCAGCUCCGCUCCGGCUGACCACCUCGCCGACCCUGUUGGCUGUUCGGUCGGAUCUGAUGACGCCCCGGCGGACGAUGCCUCUUCUGCCGAUGCUGAUACUGCCGAUGCUGACGUGGGUAGCGACCCAAUGCGUAACUUGGACACUGCCGAGCCUGACCAAGCCAGCUCCGCUCCGGCUGACCACCUUGCCGACCCUGUUGGCUUUUCGGUUGGAUCUGAUGACGCCCCGGCGGACGAUGCCUCUUCUGCCGAUGCUGAUCCUGCCGAUGCUGACGUGGGUAGCGACCCAAUGCGUAACUUGGACACUGCCGAGCCUGACCAAGCCAGCUCCGCUCCGGCUGACCACCUUGCCGACCCUGUUGGCUUUUCGGUCGGAUCUGAUGACGCCCCGGCGGACGAUGCCUCUUCUGCCGAUGCUGAUCCUGCCGAUGCUGACGUGGGUAGCGACCCAAUGCGUAACUUGGACACUGCCGAGCCUGACCAAGCCAGCUCCGCUCCGGCUGACCACCUUGCCGACCCUGUUGGCUUUUCGGUCGGAUCUGAUGACGCCCCGGCGGACGAUGCCUCUUCUGCCGAUGCUGAUACUGCCGAUGCUGACAUGGGUAGCGACCCAAUGCGUAACUUGGACACUGCCGAGCCUGACCAAGCCAGCUCCGCUCCGGCUGACCACCUUGCCGACCCUGUUGGCUGUUCGGUCGGAUCUGAUGACGCCCCGGCGGACGAUGCCUCUUCUGCCGAUGCUGAUCCUGCCGAUGCUGACGUGGGUAGCGACCCAAUGCGUAACUUGGACACUGCCGAGCCUGACCAAGCCAGCUCCGCUCCGGCUGACCACCUUGCCGACCCUGUUGGCUUUUCGGUCGGAUCUGAUGACGCCCCGGCGGACGAUGCCUCUUCUGCCGAUGCUGAUCCUGCCGAUGCUGACGUGGGUAGCAACCCAAUGCGUAACUUGGACACUGCCGAGCCUGACCAAGCCAGCUCCGCUCCGGCUGACUACCUUGCCGACCCUGUUGGCUUUUCGGUCGGAUCCGAUGACGCCCCGGCGGACGAUGCCUCUUCUGCCGAUGCUGAUCCUGCCGAUGCUGACGUGGGUAGCGACCCAAUGCGUAACUUGGACACUGCCGAGCCUGACCAAUCCAGCUCCGCUCCGGCUGACCACCUUGCCGACCCUGUUGGCUUUUCGGUCGGAUCUGAUGACGCCCCGGCGGACGAUGCCUCUUCUGCCGAUGCUGAUCCUGCCGAUGCUGACGUGGGUAGCGACCCAAUGCGUAACUUGGACACUGCCGAGCCUGACCAAGCCAGCUCCGCUCCGGCUGACCACCUUGCCGACCCUGUUGGCUUUUCGGUCGGAUCUGAUGACACCCCGGCGGACGAUGCCUCUUCUGCCGAUGCUGAUCCUGCCGAUGCUGACGUGGGUAGCGACCCAAUGCGUAACUUGGACACUGCCGAGCCUGACCAAGCCAGCUCUGCUCCGGCUGACCACCUUGCCGACCCUGUUGGCUUUUCGGUCGGAUCUGAUGACACCCCGGCGGACGAUGCCUCUUCUGCCGAUGCUGAUCCUGCCGAUGCUGACGUGAAUAGCGACCCAAUGCGUAACUUGGACACUGCCGAGCCUGACCAAGCCAGCUCCGCUCCGGCAGACCACCUUGCCGACCCUGUUGGCUUUUCGGUCGGAUCUGAUGACGCCCCGGCGGACGAUGCCUCUUCUGCCGAUGCUGAUCCUGCCGAUGCUGACGUGGGUAGCGACCCAAUGCGUAACUUGGACACUGCCGAGCCUGACCAAGCCACCUCUGCUCCGGCUGACCACCUUGCCGACCCUGUUGGCUUUUCGGUCGGAUCUGAUGACACCCCGGCGGACGAUGCCUCUUCUGCCGAUGCUGAUCCUGCCGAUGCUGACGUGAAUAGCGACCCAAUGCGUAACUUGGACACUGCCGAGCCUGACCAAGCCAGCUCCGCUCCGGCAGACCACCUUGCCGACCCUGUUGGCUUUUCGGUCGGAUCUGAUGACGCCCCGGCGGACGAUGCCUCUUCUGCCGAUGCUGAUCCUGCCGAUGCUGACGUGGGUAGCGACCCAAUGCGUAACUUGGACACUGCCGAGCCUGACCAAGCCAGCUCCGCUCCGGCUGACCACCUUGCCGACCCUGUUGGCUGUUCGGUCGGAUCUGAUGACGCCCCGGCGGACGAUGCCUCUUCUGCCGAUGCUGAUCCUGCCGAUGCUGACGUGGGUAGCGACCCAAUGCGUAACUUGGACACUGCCGAGCCUGACCAAGCCAGCCCCGCUCCAGCUGACCACCUUGCCGACCCUGUUGGCUUUUCGGUCGGAUCUGAUGACACCCCGGCGGACGAUGCCUCUUCUGCCGAUGCUGAUCCUGCCGAUGCUGACGUGAAUAGCGACCCAAUGCGUAACUUGGACACUGCCGAGCCUGACCAAGCCAGCUCCGCUCCGGCAGACCACCUUGCCGACCCUGUUGGCUUUUCGGUCGGAUCUGAUGACGCCCCGGCGGACGAUGCCUCUUCUGCCGAUGCUGAUCCUGCCGAUGCUGACGUGGGUAGCGACCCAAUGCGUAACUUGGACACUGCCGAGCCUGACCAAGCCAGCUCCGCUCCGGCUGACCACCUUGCCGACCCUGUUGGCUGUUCGGUCGGAUCUGAUGACGCCCCGGCGGACGAUGCCUCUUCUGCCGAUGCUGAUCCUGCCGAUGCUGACGUGGGUAGCGACCCAAUGCGUAACUUGGACACUGCCGAGCCUGACCAAGCCAGCUCCGCUCCGGCUGACCACCUUGCCGACCCUGUUGGCUUUUCGGUCGGAUCUGAUGACGCCCCGGCGGACGAUGCCUCUUCUGCCGAUGCUGAUACUGCCGAUGCUGAUGUGGGUAGCGACCCAAUGCGUAACUUGGACACUGCCGAGCCUGACCAAGCCAGCUCCGCUCCGGCUGACCACCUUGCCGACCCUGUUGGCUGUUCGGACACUGCCGAGCCUGACCAAGCCAGCUCCGCUCCGGCUGACCACCUUGCCGACCCUGUUGGCUUUUCGGUCGGAUCUGAUGACGCCCCGGCGGACGAUGCCUCUUCUGCCGAUGCUGAUCCUGCCGAUGCUGACGUGGGUAGCGACCCAAUGCGUAACUUGGACACUGCCGAGCCUGACCAAGCCAGCUCCGCUCCGGCUGACCACCUUGCCGACCCUGUUGGCUUUUCGGUCGGAUCUGAUGACGCCCCGGCGGACGAUGCCUCUUCUGCCGAUGCUGAUCCUGCCGAUGCUGACGUGGGUAGCGACCCAAUGCGUAACUUGGACACUGCCGAGCCUGACCAAGCCAGCUCCGCUCCGGCUGACCACCUUGCCGACCCUGUUGGCUUUUCGGUCGGAUCUAAUAACGCCCCGGCGGACGAUGCCUCUUCUGCCGAUGCUGAUCCUGCCGAUGCUGACGUGGGUAGCGACCCAAUGCGUAACUUGGACACUGUCGAGCCUGACCAAGCCAGCUCCGCUCCGGCUGACCACCUUGCCGACCCUGUUGGCUUUUCGGUCGGAUCUGAUGACACCCCGGCGGACGAUGACUCUUCUGCCGAUGCUGAUCCUGCCGAUGCUGACGUGGGUAGCGACCCAAUGCGUAACUUGGACACUGCCGAGCCUGACCAAGCCAGCUCCGCUCCGGCUGACCACCUUGCCGACCCUGUUGGCUUUUCGGUCGGAUCUAAUAACGCCCCGGCGGACGAUGCCUCUUCUGCCGAUGCUGAUCCUGCCGAUGCUGACGUGGGUAGCGACCCAAUGCGUAACUUGGACACUGCCGAGCCUGACCAAGCCAGCUCUGCUCCGGCUGACCACCUUGCCGACCCUGUUGGCUUUUCGGUCGGAUCUGAUGACACCCCGGCGGACGAUGCCUCUUCUGCCGAUGCUGAUCCUGCCGAUGCUGACGUGGGUAGCGACCCAAUGCGUAACUUGGACACUGCCGAGCCUGACCAAGCCAGCUCCGCUCCGGCUGACCACCUUGCCGACCCUGUUGGCUUUUCGGUCGGAUCUGAUGACGCCCCGGCGGACGAUGCCUCUUCUGCCGAUGCUGAUACUGCCGAUGCUGACGUUGGUAGCGACCCAAUGCGUAACUUGGACACUGCCGAGCCUGACCAAGCCAGCUCCGCUCCGGCUGACCACCUUGCCGACCCUGUUGGCUGUUCGGUCGGAUCUGAUGACGCCCCGGCGGACGAUGCCUCUUCUGCCGAUGCUGAUCCUGCCGAUGCUGACGUGGGUAGCGACCCAAUGCGCAACUUGGACACUGCCGAGCCUGACCAAGCCAGCUCCGCUCCGGCUGACCACCUUGCCGACCCUGUUGGCUUUUCGGUCGGAUCUGAUGACGCCCCGGCGGACGAUGCUGAUCCUGCCGAUGCUGACGUGGGUAGUGACCAAGCGCAUGACGUGGACACGACCGAGGUUGACCAGUUAGCUAAGGAGUGUGAAGACUUACGGCGAGCGGUAGUGGAAAAAGAGCAGCGUGCUACUUUACUGCGGAUCGGUUUCGAUGCGCUUGCUCGCAGCUUUGCGCAACGUGGGCGGGAGCUUGACCAAUUGAAAACAGAGCGCGCUUUAAGCUACCAAGAGCUUCACCGUUUGCGCUCCUCCCAAGCUGCUCAUAUCGAGGAACUAGUACUAUUGCGAGCCGAACGGGAUCUGCUUUCUCGCGACCGCUAG